AUAAAAGAUGGAGUCAUGGAAACCAAAUCUAUAACACAAAAUAAUUUUCAUGAAAUUAGAACUGUAAGACAUUUAGUGGUGCCUCGACAACUUAGAAGUGUACAGGACACCAUUCUUUUUAAAAUCUUUAGAGGAUUGUGGAAUAUAUCAUUCUAUUCCUAUUUUAUCAUUCUUCGGUCAGAUGAUGGCAUAGUGAAGAUGAGCAUGCAAGAAAGGAAAUGGUAGAAUACUUGGGUUUUAAAAAAAUGUUAGUCUGACAUUUCCAAGUAGAACAAAUUCUUUACAAUGUAAAGUGUAAAUGCCUUUACAUGAAACAUAUUCCUCACUAUAUAUUCAGUGUGAUCAUGGACCACUUAAUUAUCCAGGACAGUACAAGCAACAUGGAUUUUUUAUUAAAGGGAAUUUUAUACGCUUUGAACAAGUUUAUAACCUAUACCCUUGUACAAGGUAGAUAUCGAGCUACUUUGUGAACCACGAAAACCCUAUUUGCUUGACCCUUGGCAAUAUGCAAGGACUGGCCUACCAAUUAUUCCUUGUGCUCAGGAGCCACAAUAAAAUGCUCGCCUCCAGGACAGGUCUAAGCCACCAUUGUCCUUAAGUGCGAGAGGAAGAUCCAGAGUUUAGUUGCAACAACCUCAGAAGCUAGUCCAAACUAGUGGGGAGGUUGUGUGCACAAACAAGAAGAAAGACCGAAGAAUAGUAAUGGCCCGUGGUAAGGUUCAGAUGAGAAGGAUAGAAAACCCAGUGCACAGGCAGGUCACCUUCUGUAAGCGGCGGAUGGGCCUCCUCAAGAAGGCCAAGGAGCUAUCUGUUCUAUGCGAUGCUGAUAUUGGUGUCAUGGUGUUCUCUCCUGAUGGCAAGAUUUAUGAGUUGGCCACCAACGGGAACAUGCAAGGCUUAAUUGAGAGGUACAAGGGUAGCAACACAGAAGCACAAAGUGAAAGUAGCAAGCAGAAAAACCCUCAGAUAAUACAACAAGAGGUACUACUCUUGAGGCAAGAAAUUGACUUACUUCAGAAAGGCUUAAGGUACAUGUAUGGAGCAAAAGAUAUGGACCACAUGAAUCUUCAUGAGCUCCAAGUCCUGGAGAGUAAUCUUGAAAUUUGGGUACACAACAUUCGCUCUACAAAGAUGGAGAUCAUAUCUAGGGAGAUUGAGAUGCUCAAGAACAAGGAAGGCAUACUGAAGGCUACCAACGAUUUACUUCAAGAAAGGGUAAUUGAGCAGAGUGGGAUUCUGGACACGGGCAGCAACAUGAUGAUAUCACACUUCCCCUUCCAGGGAACCAUGGAGAGUGGCCACUACUUCUAGCCGAAACAACCGACCUCUCAAGUUAUGACGUCAGUUAUGAUUCGAGUUCAACAAGGCCACCAUGCAUGGAACUCAUAACGUCGCAUCUGCCAACUUUGUGGUGUACAAAGGAAACAAAACAGCAUCUGUAUGACUGUAUCCUUACCUGCUUUUGCACAUGUAAAUUAACCAUGUACAAUGGAAAGUAUGUAGAUUCCAGAUAUCUGCUUCA